GCAAACAACGAACUAGUCACCCAGAAAAGUAGCAAAUAUCCCUACGUAUAACUAGUUUUGAUGUAACUUACACAUAUCUCUUUAGCAAUAACAGCUCUGUAGUAUGUAUGCUCGCUGUCUAUAGAUGUGGUUUUACUCGUGUGUCAGUGAAAUCGCUUGGAUAAUUGAAAGGAAGGAGGUUGAAACACUACGGCAGCGAUGCAUGGUGUGGUUUCGGGAUAAUAAAAAUCACACAUCACAAGACUAUCUGUAACCGAAUCGUAAUAGGAACAUGAACAUUUAAAAUCCCCCCAUAUGGUCCUAACGAAUUUGAGUGGGUUCCACCUACAUCACAGAGUGUACUCUGUUCUUAACCAUGUACAUGCAGAACAGGAUGGCUAUAACAAUGCGCGUACUUUUUACGGCAUGGACGACGAUGUAUCUCAUCCUGUUACCUGUCGGCAUGACAGCACGCUACGUGCGUCCCGAAGACUGCACCUGGGAGCCGAUGUCGGACACAGCCGGCAUGUCAAUGAAGUGCAGUAUUCGUAUUCUGCAAAGCGGGCUCAACCCAACGAACUUCUCCCUUAUCAUGCCCGAACACACAGUCGAACUGGCGAUCCGUUGUGACGAUCUUAUGUUCCAGAGUGAGCUGGCAAACAGCUCAUUUAAACAUCUACAUGGCCUGAAAUCGCUUAAUCUCGAGCGAUGCAAGCUGAACCAUUUACCGUCAAAAGCUUUUGAAGGCCUCGCCGACCUUAAACAACUCGUGGUGAAGACUUUUAAUAGUGAGUGGAAUCGGAUGUCACUUAGCGUGUCUCCGUCGACAUUCAUACCACUUAAAGCAGUCGAAUCAGUUGAUCUCAGUGAAAACAAUAUUGAGUUACUUCCUUAUGCUCUUCUUUGUGAACUCAAUCAUUUACGGUUCGUGAACCUAUCGCGAAACGCUUUCGGGGACGUGCUCAACACAGGAUUUUCCUCAAAAUCACUCUGUAACCCGACUGUACGUGAGCUUGAGCUAGCUAACAACCGGUUGAAGGUACUUUCUGAACGUGGUUUUGCGUCAUUGGCAUACCUUGAAGAAUUGCGAUUGGAUCAUAACCAAAUUUUUAGGGCUGAACCUGGUGCGCUAGCGGGCCUUAGCCAGCUAGAACGUUUAGAUAUGGCCCACAAUACAUUAAUGUCACUGCCAACCAAGUUCUUCCAGUCGACUAACAAGCUUACCGAACUGUAUCUUCGAAAUAAUUCGUUAGGUGCACUUCCCCCUGGUCUGUUCAAUGGACUUAGCCAAUUAACGAUGCUUGACCUGGCUCACAAUCAACUGUCAUCUUUGGGGUGGCUGGGAGAGCCAAAUAGUCUUGUCCAACUUUGCGUUCUCGAUCUUAGCCAUAACCAGCUAACGAGGUUGGAUCCGAACCCAUUUCGUACCCUUUCCAACCUACAGACACUUCAGUUACAAAAUAACCUAAUUGAAUUUAUCGCUGACAAUACGUUUGCGAGGCUUAAUAAUCUACAGACACUGAUCCUGAGCAAUAACCGUCUUAAAAGUGUUGGACCGCAUAUGCUGGUGGGGCUGAGUGUCUCAGUAAUAACACUUCAGCUGGACAACAAUCGAAUCGAAGCAAUUCAUACUGACGCCUUCGGAAACAUAUCAAUGCUUCAGGAACUCAACUUGGCUGGAAACAAACUUGCUGCAGUACCAAACGUAGUCUCGUCUUUACACAUGCUGCGCUCGCUUGAUUUAUCGGAAAAUGAAAUUCAGCAGGUAACUAACGCGUCCUAUCAGGGCCUCAGUCAGCUGUACGCGCUCAACUUGAUGGGAAACCAGAUCGGCAACAUAAGCCAAGGCGCUUUUAGCGAUCUGAGGUCGGUUCGGAUACUAAACCUGGCCGCGAACGGCAUUCACAAGAUUGAGCAGGCUACCUUUGAUGACGUGUCCAAUCUACAUUAUUUGCGUCUUGACUCGAACCUUAUUGAAGACGUCAAUGGUCUAUUCAGCAAUCUGCAUGAUCUCAUAAUGCUUAAUAUUUCGGUCAAUCGAGUGCGAUGGUUUGACUACGCCCAAAUACCGCUAGGUCUUCAGUGGUUAGAUAUUCACGAUAAUCAGAUUGAAGCACUAGGCAAUUACUUCGAACUGGAACAGAGCUUGAAACUUCGCACAAUCGAUGCCUCGUUCAAUAAGCUUACGUCGUUGGACUCGUCUUCUUUACCGAACAGUAUAGAGAUUGCGCUAUUAGAAAACAAUGAUCUGAAGCUCAUACGGCCAUUUACGUUUCUCGGAAAGCAGAAUCUUACGCGAGUUGAUUUAUCGAACAAUAAUUUGCAGCGAUUGGAAAUGACCACCUUCCGCCUUAGUGAGAUUCCAGCCCACCGUCCUUUGCCUGAAUUUGCCAUUGCAAAUAAUCCGUAUCUAUGUGACUGCCAUAUGCAAUGGCUCCAAGGCCUACAGAAGCCUAACCACUAUCGGUACUAUCCUCGGGUGGUCGACCUACACAGGGUUGAGUGCAAGCUGAGCUUUUCGAAAGACGGCCAACAGAUACCCUUUCUUCAGGUGAAGCCAUCACAGUUUCUCUGCGAGUAUAAGAGUCAUUGCUUUUCAUUGUGCCAUUGCUGUGAUUUUGACGCGUGCGACUGCGAAAUGGCCUGUCCCGAUAGCUGCACAUGUUAUCACGACGAAUCCUGGAAUACCAACAUCGUUGAAUGUAGCGCUAGGAAUUACAAUGAAAUCCCGACGAGGUUGCCAGCAGACGUAAGCGAGCUAUACCUAGACGGCAAUGACAUUCCUGUGAUUGGCCAGCAGGCAUUCGCUGGUCGUAAGGCCCUGAGAUCGAUUUACCUCAAUGACUCGGCCAUCGUCACCAUUCAAAACCAGUCAUUGGACGGCCUUACAGAACUAUCCGAGCUUCACCUUGAAAACAACCAGCUCUCGGUGUUACACGGACAUGAAUUUCACGCGCUUUCAAAGCUGAAAAAACUGUAUCUUUCCAACAAUCAGCUAAGUUAUGUGUCGAAUAUGACGUUUGCGCAUUUGAAGGGUCUCGAAGUGCUUUACCUUGAUCGCAACUAUUUGACCAAAAUCUUUGUGUGGAGUCUCCAGUACAACUCGCGUCUUGCCGAUGUCCAAAUGGCCGGCAAUCCGUGGUCGUGUGAGUGCCACUUUAUUCAACAGUAUCAGCAGUUCCUCCACGAGCGUGGGGAGAUCGUACGGGAUAGCUACGAUCUAGCAUGUUUGUACAAUGAGACAACGGCACUGGUUUUGUGGGCGCUAAACGCAACUGAGUGCUUCAACCCAUCAGAGGUGACUUCGCUCGUUGGGCAAUUCCAGUUUCGUCGGAUCGACGAUAUCGUCCCGCUACUCGUCACCAUCGGAGCUCUUUGCGUGGUGCUCGUCAUAGUGACGUUAGCUCUAAUCAUCUAUCGGCAUCAGAUGAGCGUAUGGUUCUUCACUCGCUACGGCGUGCGCAUGUUUCAUCGAGCACCCGCCGAAGAGGAGAAGCUGUUCGAUGCUUUUGUAUCGUACAGCAAAAACGACGAAGCCUUCGUCGCUCAGAUACUCGCCCCAGAGUUGGAAUGCGGCAAGCCCCCCUACCGGCUCUGUCUGCACUAUCGUGAUCUGCCUAUGGCCGGCGGCUACCUGAGUGAUGCGAUCCAGGAGGCAGUGGAGAGUUCCCGGAGAACGAUCGUCAUCCUCUCCGAGCAUUUCUUGCAGAGCGAGUGGUGCCGCUACGAGUUCAAGUCAGCUCACCACGAGGUACUAAACAAUGGCAGCAAUCAUAAACUGAUCGUAAUUUUUCUUGGCCGGGUGUCAUAUCGCGAGUUAGACCCUGACAUUCGCAUGUGGCUGAAACACAGCGAGUUCUUGCACUGGGGUGAAAAGAACUUCUGGGAUAAACUUCGUUAUGCGAUGCCGUCGGAUGCGCCUCGCCACCGCAAGCUCAUGCGUUCUGAUCUAACAUCAGUAGCCGUGCAUAUCUGACAGGAGGAUAAGCCCGGCAGCCUCUGGCAGCAGGAACAACAAGUUGCUUCAACUUUACCAGUUCCCGCUGCUUUGUAUCCAUGGGGCGUUUCGCUGACAACAACCUCUUUAUCCGAGGUAGUCCACCCAGUGAACGUACUACCUUCAGGAAAUAUGGUCUUCAGAAGCCAACCUGCUUCUGUUGUCACACCAUUUACUCAGCAAGACAACGACUUUGCCCACCCCGUCUAUCCCUGUGAUGAUUUCAAUAAUGAUGCCAGCUAUCCGACCAUUGAAGAAGCUGUCUAUGAAAUUUUGCCUGAGUGAAGUUGGCCACGACGAUGGCAAAUAUCGAAUGUAAAUAGGUGAAUGCUCGAAUACAUCAUCUAAUUAAUAAUGUAUGAUAUAACGAUUAAUGUAAAGAUGUAAAGGUUGUUGACCACUGGUGCCUGGAGAACUUGCGCAUGACAGCGCAAACAUGACGAAUUGCUAGCAUGAACAACCUUAUAAACAGAUAACGCUUACUUGUUGAAUCUUUCCAUACUCUAAGUCAGUCUGUGAAUGAAAGCGAAGACCUAAAAGGUUGAGAGAAUGCAAGAAAGAGAAAAAAACAAAUUACAUGAAAGGUUACCUAUGGUAUGGUAGAAAAUGAAACAAUGACAGAUUUGGAAAAGUAGGACACAGAUGUAAAGGUCUAUGCAUCACGUAUUUUUACAAGAGCCUUUAUUCUGCUGACGAAGAAGAUGUAAAAUGACAAACGCUUGGUAACCGCACUGUACAUUGACAAUGUAUAUAUUAUUAUAAGACAAGCAAAAAAAAAAAAAAAGAGAGACAAAAGAGAGACCAAGAUCUCUGCAAACCUGUGACCAACGUGUACGUCAAUGACAUAAUACUGUACAGGAAUGCCAACAAAAACUCUUAGAUAAAUGGAAGAACUGCAUAGAUUUGGCUAAUAUAGCAGAUUUCCUUUCAGUAUAUCUCUGUGAUAGCGUGUGUGCGCACUUCAAACAAGGCCACGAUACACGAGGCACUGCGUCAUCCGAAUAUCGUCUUUGCUUUGUUUUCUUUAUUUUAGUAGGGAGAUCAUUGUAUUUUUAGGUUUCUAUUUCCUCUAACGAACUUGACUGAUUAUUUUAUACCAAUAACAAGCUGUAAAUUAUCAUAGGAAUGUUUUGCCAUGUACGAAACCCUCGUCACGUAAAAUGGUCUUCCCCUGUUACGCAGCAUCCCUCUCCAAGAGGAACCUCAUACACUGAAUUUAUAUAAAAGCUUAAUGAGAACGCCUUGGUGAAUUUUCCGACGGGUAUUUAUUUCAAAGUUUCGUCAUGACUAAGUAUUUCGAGCUUGGCACAGUCCACGUGCAGGAGGCUCAGUUCAAUUUUAAUUAGGUAAAAUAGAAUGUAAACAAAUGCGGGGCGAAAGAUUAGAGGGCAAACGCUUGAUUGGUUCCGCCUGCGAAAACCGUUACAAAUUCAAUUGAAUGCAUGACAAAUCGGGGUCCAUUUCCACCUGUAAUGUGGUCUGUGCUUAGUGUCAUUUUUAAAUCCGCAUCUUGAUAUAAUAUAAUUUCUACCCAUUUUGCACACACAAUUAAAUAGAAAAAGACUCGUGUUCAUGUAAGCGGAGGAAAAACGCAAAAUGUAAAAAAUCCUAAAUAAAAAUAAUAUAGUGAAAUCGACAGCAAUGUACUUUUGUGAAAAGAAAACACCCAUAUGUGUUCCCUAUGAGGCUUAGGAUCUGCAGAUAUAGAAUA